AUGAUAAAGUUUUUGACCAAUCAAUUCAACAAAAAGCCAAGCAAAAUAUAUUACUGCUCCGACGGAUCAGCUGCGCAAUAUAAAAACAGAAAAAAUUUUAUAAAUCUGUGUUAUCGUGAAUCAGAUUUUGGUGUAGCAGCUGAAUGGAAUUUUUCAGCUACAUCCCAUGGAAAAGAGGACUUUCAAAUUAACAGUAUCUCAAAUGCUGAUAAUUUGCCUUUUGCCGAUAAUUUGUUUUUUGCCGAUAUUAAAGGAUUCGUAACAUGUGCUUAUGACGAUUUUUGGUGGUUAGCCACAGCACUAAAAAAGAAUGAAAUUACGGAGGAGAUAUAUAUAUCCUUUUUACAUCUCCAUGGACCAUCACCAUCCUUCUUUUACCCCACAAUUGAGGAAAAGAUAUGGUUACCCAUUAAUCAAAUAACGAUAGUAGAUCCUACUACAGUGACAGGACGUACCUACAAAUUAUCAUCUCAAGAAAUUCUAUUAAUAAGAACAAAAUGGGAUAAGAUUAAAACAAGAGAUGUUUCACCUUUAUCAUCAAACAUUAUCUUAGAACAACUGAGAUCAAAUUUUCAAGAUGUAUCUCAAAUAUCUUCUCAAUCUCAUGGAGAAUCCUUGACCCUCUCAAAUCCAAGUUAUACUCAAAGUCAUUCAGCUUACACAUCCCCUCUUUGCUCAUAUAUCUCCCCAUAUAUUCCUGAUUUUCAAAAUGCUCCCAACAUAUCAAAUGAUUUCUAUACAUCUCCUCUUAAUUCAGAAAUAGAAAGCAAUUAUUUUUUAGAAAAUAUGGAUAAUUAUGGAUUUGCAGAAUCUCUAAUAGAUUUUAAUGAAAAUAUACAUAUUUUUGAGGAACCAACAUUUAUCGAUAGCCAAAAGGGCAAAUCAUUGCUCUUUUUUUUAAAUUUUCUUUACCGUUAUAACGGUACAUACAGGAAUACAAUUAACUACCGUUGUCUAAAAGCUGAUUGUAAAGUGACGUUAAAAGCAACGGUACAACAAAAUCCUUUAGAUACAAGGAUCAAUAUCUAUCUAAAGGCAUUAAACCAACAAUGCUCUGAAGAUCCAGAUAUAAUCAAUUAUCCAGGAGCCUUACCACCUUUUAUUUCCGUUAAAAAUACGAUUAACCGUAUUUUAAAACAAACCAGGUUAAAUAUUCCCAUUAGCAAUGACACAAUUGUAUUGACCACUGAAUUGAUAACAACAUUCAGUGGUGAUAGCUUCUUAAUAAAAAACAAUAAUAACAAACUUAUUGUAUUUGGGUCUGUCAUCCAAUUAUAUACUAUACAUAUGUAUAAUCAAACGAUGAUCCCUACCAUAUAUGCACUUCUUCCAGAUAAAAGGAAGGAGUCAUAUAUUGAGCUAUUUCAAAUAAUCGUGGAAUAUGGGACAUUGAAUGGUAUCCAGUUUUCACCAGACAUGGCACAAACCGACUAUGAAGCAGGAGCGAUAUCUGUUCUACAAUUUGUAUUUCCCAAUAUUUUAGUAAAGGACUGCUUCUUCCACUUUACGCAGGCCAUUUGGCGUAAAGUUCAGCAUUUAGGUGUAGUCAAGCAGUAUAAAGAAGAGACUGCUGUAUACACUAUUGUUCGAAGGAUGAGUGUAUUACCUUUAUGCAAGAGAGAGGACAUUCAAGUGGUCCGUGAUUCUUGUGUAGAUCUAGCAGCCAAUGACCCGUUAAUAUUAAGUUUCUUAAUAUAUAUGGAUACUACCUGGAUAAAUUCUGAUGCAAUCUUUCCUCAUCAAAUUUGGACCAGUAUAAGAUUCAAGGUCCUCGCAAAUCAUCUCGAAGGAUAUCACCAUUCCCUCAAGCGAAUGGCAAAAAAUGCUCAUCCGGACAUAUAUUCAUUAAUUCGCGUUUUAAAAGAUAACCAACGCCUGACAGAAUUUAAAGUUAUACAAAUCAAAAACGGGGAAAUAAAUACUCCCUCUAUAACUUCUCAACUAUCAUCUCGCUAA